UGGGGAGGAGACGCUGAUGUCGAAGAUACCGCUGAGGUGGCAGCGUGAUCAUUUCGAUCUCUCCACGGCGCAUUACCGAGUCAAGUAUGCGAUGCUCGGCGAGGAGGAUAGGCUCGCGUACAAGAAGCUGGUCGAUUACGUGCAGAGCUUCAGCUUGGGGUUCUGGGCGAAUCGACAGGGCGUGCCCUACCUGGAUGAGGCCGGGGAACUAAUCACCGAGGCGCGUUAUAUCAAUACGAAGGCUCUGCUCGAGUGUGAUACCGAGGAGGAAGCUCUGGCGUUAUUGAGUGCCAUGCCCAAUGCUCGUGAUCGGGUGCUGAAGCUAGCGAAUCAGGUCGGCGCUCCUGACCGGGUGCCCAAGAAGAAGAAGAAAACUGUGGCCCGUCCCUUGGAGACUGCUGGCGAUGCCGGGGCUAGUCCCUCGCAGGCGGCGAGCGUGAUUCCUUCCUCUCCUCCUCGAUCUAACCCGAUCAACAUUCCUGAUAGCAGUCCGUCGCCAGCGGCUUCUCCCCUCCAUAAACGGAAGCGUCCGGCUGGGGCCCUUACCAGGUCGUCUCCAGGAAGUUCGAAUGGACCGGGCAGCUAUCUUCUACCUCCCUGCUAUGUGGAACGGUCGUUCUUCAAGGCCGAGGAGUCGAUUGCUGUGCCUGCGCCUGAGGCCAAGGCUAUUCUGGACCAGGAUGUUGCUGCCCGGAGGAAAGAUCUGGCCAGGGAUAUUGCUGCUGUCAUCCGGGUGAUGGAGACGGCCAUGGUUUUGACCGACACUUCGGUCUCCACCGCCUCGCUGGAGGAUGCCCUUUUGCAGGUUCGGACGGAGAAGGAAAGACUAUCUAAAGAUCUGUCGGACUACAAAAAAGAGCAUCAGCUGCAGGAAGGGCUGAGCCAGAAGCUGGAGGAGGUGGAAAAGGAGAGGGACCAGUUGAAGGCUGCUAAGGCGAGCUUGGAAGAGCAGGUGGUCGACCAUCAGAAGCUGACCGAGGACAACGCUGGCCUACGGGCUCAGGUUGAGUCUCUCGAGGGAAAGGUCCGUCCUCUGGCAGAUGAGACCGAGGAGGAACGCGCCCUUGGUUCGCGCGGUGAGCUGCUAGGGCAUAUUCGGACUCUCAACCAAGAUCUCGUGGCCUGCUUCAAAGAGGGUUUCGACAAUGCUGUCGAGCAGCUCGGGCUUCUGAACCCUGAGUUGGUGACAGUAGGGUCGGCCUAUAACUGCUGCGUCCGGGAUGGUGAGAUUAUCUGCCCGUUUGAAGCGGAGGAGGAGCUGGGGGGAGAAGAAGAAGAAGAGGAUGAAGAGGUGCUCCGAGCGGAGUCUUAGUUUAUUUGUUUUUCUUUGAUUUUAGUUAUCAUGGCCUGCGUGCCUUAUGUAUUUGGCCUUCGGGCGUUGUAAUAUGGCCUUCGGGCGUACUUGGCUUCGGCCGCUCUUAUCGUUUUUAAUGUAUGAAUAUUUACGUUAUCAUUCA